CUCCUCAGUUUAGUACAUAUAUAACCCUCUCCAUCAAUUCUCUGUUCAGCCCAUCUUCCUUUCGCAGAAACCUAUGUCGUCGUUCACCCAGCGCCCGCCGGUCGUUGUCAAUGGAGUUAGGAGGAUGAGAACCUUCCAUUACUUCUGGUGCCAACAUUGUCAGCGAACCGUCAGGCUCGCCACUUCGAACCCGCUCCAGGCAUUCUGUCCCUUCUGCUUUUCUGCUCUGCGUAACGAGCUUGAUAUCUCCAGGCCGAGGAUUCGUUCCGAUGCCCGAUUUUUUGCUGGAAUGGAGACUUCUCAUGCUGCUCGAAUGUUGGACUCUUUGGCCAGCAUUCUAGAUCCCUCUGACAGGAGACAACGGAAUGAGAAUGAUUAUGAUAACAUUUUCAGUAGAAGAAGACUGACACGGUGGGAAUCCGGCCCUUGGAUCACCCUCCAGUUUGUCGAACUACCGCCAACACCUGCUGCGCUACCGGAAAUCAGGGGUCAAGAAUAUCAAGCUCAGGAGCAGGAACAGGGGAUGAUGGAUCAGGUAUUCCUUGACAACAUAACAGAGAACGACCGACCGGGGCCGCCUCCGGCACCUGCAUCCGCCAUCGAAUCCUUGCCUAGGCUAAAAAUAACCCAAACCCAUCUUAUAAACGAUCCGCACUGUCCCAUUUGCAAGGACGAAUUCCAGGUAGAUGGAGAAGCAACAGGGCUCCCCUGCAAACACCUGUACCACUCCGACUGCAUCGUCCCCUGGCUCAGCAUCCAUAACACCUGCCCCAUCUGCCGCUUUGAGCUCAAGGAUAAUAGCGCCGACGAGGAUGAAGAGGAUGAAAAUGACUAUGGUCGGAUAAAUUUCAGUGUAGAAGACAUGGCAAAUGGAUUGAGUUGGCUCCGGAGACAGUUCGUGUGCCUGAGACCUGUCCGAGCAGUUUCAGAUUGGACGAGAUUGUACAUUGAUUUUCUUGACAGCAGAAUCAGUAAUGCAGCUUCUUCUUUAGAGGCCAGAUCCUGGUGGCCCUCAUGGCUCAUUUUAUAGCUGUCCUGUUUUGUAAGAACUAGCAACUCCCCCCACCUGCCUGCAAAGAAAAUGGGGUUUGUUUGUAAAUUGGCAUUUGUUCAUUGAAUUAGGGCAGUUCUCUAAACAAAUGAAAGCAGCAAAUUCUUUUGAGAGUUGUUUGUGUUGCUAUAAUGUUUUCUUCAAUGCUUCUUGUUGUAAAUAAUUAAAAAUGAUUUUUUUUUUUUAAAGGGGGGGGGGGGGUGGAAUGAUUUUCACUAUUGUACUUGUACAUGAAGUAUUCAUUUAGCUUAGAAUGUAAAGAAAUUUGUUUAUUUAUUUAUUUAUUACAUUGUGAAAUGUGAACUUCAAAUGGGUUUGGUUUCAUUUGUAAAUAUUCCACUUAUUUUCUGAAUUUAUUAAAAUUUGUAAACCCUUUUUAUAAAUAACAGUAGAAUUU